GUGAACAGGUGAAUCAGUCGCUAGAGCGUUUCUCCAAACAUGUGUGUGGUGUUUCAACAUCAUCAUCAUAAUUAUUAUGGGCAUGCCAUUAAUAACAACAAAUCUAGCGAACGGAACAGAAUUCAGUGCUGCAGCCACCACCAACGAAAAUCCACUGUGCAGCUAAUAUGUAAAUUGAAAAAAGAAAGUGGUGGACAUUGAAGGACAAUAAAUGAAAGCGAGCGAAAAAAUGUAUACGCCUGGUGUUAUGUGACAAAAAUUGUGUAGAAAAAAAAAUCACAAAAAUGUUAAAUCAAAAUUUACUUAAAGAAAUUCAAACGGGUAACAAAUAACUAAAACAACAGAAAAUCAAAACAAAUACAAAUCAAUUCCAUUCCAUUCCCAACAAAAGAAACAAACAAACAAUUCGCACAUCACUCAUACGCCGUGCAGAGCCAGAGAGAUAGACAAAUAAACGCGUAAUCACACUUGUUUCCGCAUCCGUUUCCCGUCAGUUUCGCAUCGUCUUCAUCGGUUGUUGUGCGUGUGUGCUUGCAUGUGUUAACUUGCGUUGUUGUAAUUUAUAUCGCCUUUUUGUUGUUGUCAUGUAAAUAUGUAAAUAAUGCAAAGAGGAUUGUCUUGUUGUAGUAAAUAUACAUAGUAGAAGGGCCCCUUCCCCCUCCAAAAGUGCGCUACUUAGCCAUGGUUUUCACAAUCCCCCUCAUAAUACGGAUAUAAAAAAGGAAUUGAUGUUUUAUAUAAGAGUUCAUCCAAAAUUACAUAAAAAUAAUUUUAAAUUCAACAAAUUUUAAAUAAUUUGCAAGGAACAGCUCCUGAAACCACCUAAGCAAAAGUGCAAGUAUUACAACUUGAGAAUAACAAAAACCACAGUACCAAAAAUAACAAACAAAAGCGAAAUUCUUUCUAAAUUUGUGCUUGGACCAAAAACAAAAAAAAAAAAAAAAAAACGACAAAAACAACAUCAACAUAAACAAGGAAAAAGUCCUGACAAGCAACCAAAAUUAAAACACCACAAAACAAAAACAAACAUCAUUAAAAGAUUUUUAAUGACAACGAUAAUCACAAAACGCUUACUGUAGACUGUUAUUAUUUCGAUAUAUCUACAACAACAAAAACUGGAAAUAGCCUACAUACAUAUUAUAUAUAUCUAUGUAUGUCUAGCAUAUAUACAACAAAAGUAAAAGCAAAACAACAACAAUUGUAAAUAUAUAUUUAAUGUAUAGAUAAAUAUAACGACAACAACACGGACUUCCUUUUGAAUAUUCCUAAAACUUUAUAUACCUCAAAACUCACCCACCCCCCUUCAGAAACAAAGCAAACAGGCAGACAACCGCCCGCAUCCACUUCGUCAUCAUAGAAAAUUAAAAUAAUAACAACAGCACAUCAAAACUGAAAUAAACAAUUAAAAACACAAUAAUCUUUGGAAAUCGAUUAUUAGCUACUUGCCGUCGAGGGGUUGGGCAGGGAACACUCGUCCCAUCCGGCCAUCAGUCUCGCCACCAGCAAUGCUUGGCCACAACCUCGACAUCAACUUGAAACCCACCUCAGAUAUUUUGGCCGCCGCCGCUCUACUCGAUGUCAGACAAUAUUUCAAUGAACGCGACCUCCUGGACCUGCGCACUUAUGGCUAUCAGACCAACGACACUUUCCUCCUGCCCGACUACGAUGAGGCUGCCGUCAAUGCCAAAACAUCCGCCAAUGUUGUUAAUCUGAAUAACAGUAAUUUCAUAAUCUUCAACCGAACAGGCUUUGCCAGGAACGACAGCAAUAAUGACAGUGGCACCAUCACAAUUAGCAGUCCUAAUGAUGUGUCGGCCAUAAAUGGUAAUGUCAGCGUCGGCCUGCCAAUGCCCGAGGAUGUUGUUGUGCUGUUGAAAAUGAUAAGCAUGUCCAUUGUUCUGGGUCUAAUGAUACUUAUCACCAUAAUUGGAAACGUGUUUGUAAUUGCGGCAAUAAUACUGGAGCGCAACUUACAGAAUGUGGCCAAUUAUUUAGUUGUUUCAUUGGCGGUGGCCGAUUUAUUUGUUGCAUGUCUGGUAAUGCCACUGGGAGCUGUUUAUGAGAUAAGUGAAGGCUGGAUACUAGGCCCAGAAUUAUGUGAUAUUUGGACUUCUUGUGAUGUCCUUUGCUGUACAGCGUCUAUACUGCAUUUGGUGGCAAUAGCAACAGAUAGAUACUGGACAGUGACGGAUAUUGAUUAUCACAAUUUACGGACACCGCGUCGCAUUUUUUGCAUGAUAUUUACGGUGUGGUUUUUCGCUGUCAUUGUUUCCCUGGCACCGCAAUUUGGCUGGAAGGAUCCCGAGUAUAUGGAACGCAUUGAACAACAAAAAUGUAUGGUUUCGCAGGAUGUCAUUUAUCAGAUUUUCGCUACUUGUUGCUCGUUUUAUGUCCCGUUAUUAAUGAUUUUAGUUCUGUACUGGAAAAUCUACAAAAUAGCACGUAAACGUAUUCAACGGCGUACAAAACGUUUGCAAUAUUCUCAAAGUACAACAAAAGACGUGGAUUUCCAGGACAAAGUGAAAAAGAAGCGCAUAAAAAUCUGCUUCAGCAAGGAUAUAUCAUCGGACAAAGGUUUCAGUUCGUCGACUGGCGACAACUAUGCCGGUGGCUCCAAUGCCAACAUCAGAGAAGAAACAGAAUUCAGCACCAGCAAUAUUGAGGACAAAAGCCAUGCAGGAACAGAGCUGACAAAUGUCUCGGACGAGAUGACAACCACGAAUGCCGAUGAACGUGUACCCCUGCCUCUGGAGAUUUCAACUGUGUCGCAGCAGGUUGCUGCCACAACAUCAACAUUUCAGCAGCAUGUCACGGCAAUUGUGCUGACCACUGCAACGCCCCGCCUCACCGUGUGUGGCGGCGGAGGCGGUGGCGGCAGCAACAACAAACAACAGCAACAACAUUUGCUUGGAGCGAAUCCCCACCAAAAGCUAGCCAAACGACGUCAGCAAAUUGAGGCGAAGCGCGAACGAAAGGCAGCCCAAACACUGGCAAUCAUAACGGGCGCCUUUGUUGUCUGCUGGCUGCCCUUCUUCGUGAUGGCUCUGACACUGUCGCUGUGCAAAAGUUGUGAAAUUAAUGCUGCUGUCGCAUCGCUCUUCCUAUGGCUUGGCUAUUUUAAUUCCACGCUAAAUCCCAUCAUUUAUACCAUUUUCAAUCCAGAGUUUCGACGUGCCUUCCAGCGUUUGUUGUUCGGCAAGAAGUAUGUGGCCAAUCGGUGUAAACGGCGUAACGCGAACAUAUGAUCCUAGCAGAAAAGGGGCCCGGAGCCCAGUGUUGCAAUUGUGGCGGAAUAUACGAGUUGUGCGUGAUGUUAAAUGCGCUCCCUUAUCAUAUCCUGUGCUAGGAAAUUGCUCCUCAUGGAAAAAAAAAACAUUAACGCAAACUGUAAAGGUAAAUUUUGUAAAUAAAUUGCGAAUUAAAGGCGCCCAAGGCUGAUUAUAAUGGACAAUCUUUAAACACAACAAAAAUAACAUGAACUCCCACAAAGAAGAAACAUAACUAAAAACCCCUACAAGAACAACAACAAUGCCUUUAUUCAUUUCAAUUAUGACAUAACGCGUGUUUAAACCCAAAAUAAAUGUGUCUCACCUCAAAUAAAUUAAAAAUUUUAUGAAUAACAAGAAGGAAAAAAACCAAACAAGAAAUAUUAUAUUAAGCAAACAACUUUUUGAAUGUGAUUUUAACAUGUUAGCUAUUAAGGAAGCUUAACACGAAAAAAACAACAACACAAACACUCACCCACACACGAACAAAAUUGAAAAGUUAUAAUUCAAUCAAAACAAAACGAGGAUCAAUUCAAUAUAAAAAUCAAAUACCAAUUCAUUAUUCAAACAACCAAGAAGAGAGCAACAAGAAACAAACAAACGAUAAACUUAUGAUGAACAACCAACAAACAAACAAGCAAACAAAUGAAAAUACCAAUAGCAACAACAAUUAACAAUAAAUUCCUGUCUAGUUUUAAGUGAAAUAAAAAUGAAAAUAAAUAAAACAUAGAUUUAGAAAUCAUUUUUAAAAUGAUUGUACAAAAAAAAAAAAAAAA